AUGUUGUCAUCAUAUCCCUUACCAACAACAAAACAAGUGACAUUUUCCCCGAUCUUCCCGCGACUUUCGGACACGUUAUUCCCGAUGACGGGUCGACAUGCAAUAGUCAGUCCCCCGGAUGGGUGUGAUGAGCUGGAACCUGCCCCAAUCGAAGAUGUCGGUUUCAAUCCCGGCAAAAAUUGGAUCGCAGUUAUUAGGAAAGGUGGCUGCGACUUCAAAACCAAAGUUCUUAAUGCUAAGAAUGCCAACUAUUCCGCUGCAAUUAUCUACAACGUGGGAUCAAAUCGUUUAGAAUUGAUGCGUUGCCAGGGAGUAGGGUGCAGUGACCUUAUUCCGUCCAUGUUCAUCGGUGCGGAUGAUGGCAUGCUACUCCAGCGGUAUGAAUCCACUGAAUUUCUGGUGUACCUGACGGACGAGUUGCCGUUCGACUUGAACAAAUACCUACUCCCUUUCGCCAUCGUUGUCGGCGUAUGUUUUUUCAUACUACUCGUUUUCAUGGUCUACAAGUGUGUGAGGGAUAGCAGGCGAGCCCGUCGGCAUCGCAUGCCAUCACGCUCACUAAAAAAGAUACCACUGGUGAAGUUCAAGAAGGGUGAUCCCUACGACAUUUGUGCCAUAUGCUUAGAUGAGUACAUCGACGGCGAGAAGCUGCGUGUUUUGAAUUGUUCUCAUGCAUUUCACUCGAAAUGCGUGGACCCGUGGUUGACGAAAAACCGUCGGGUGUGUCCCAUUUGCAAACGGAAAGUAUUUGCCAGUGACGAACGUCAUCGUCCCGCGGAUUCUUCGUCCGACGAAGACGACGACGGCAGUUCUCGUCGGUCGACGUCGCAGCCGUUGCUUGUUCCGCCGAGGUCGAGUGAGGAGGAGAGUGCGCCCUUGUUGGCCCAAGGUCCUGUGUCGAAUGAACAGCCGGCCAGGGUCAACCGGUUUUUGUCCUUCUUUCGACGGGCUCCGAUGACCUCUCAAGGCUCUUCCUAUGGGACAGUGGGAGCUCAGGGCGGUAAGCAUUUUUUUUCCGGGUUCUUCGAUAUGACCUUUGAUAUGAACGAUUGGAAUCCAGUAAACCUACAAACUUUUUUUUUAAUGCGAGUUUCUUUUCGUGGGUACGAGGCCCCCGAAAAAUCCCACAGGUACAGGACUGUACUUGCGAGGGAAUUUUUUUUACAUUUCGAAUAUAAGCUUGAGAAACAUUCAUUACAGCGUAAGAAAGAACGAGGUAAACCUGAACAUGGUGGACUGUUCCUAAAAAGAAAAGAAAAAAAUCGUUCCAAAAACUGUGAUACUGUUGAACCUCUCAAGUUCAUUGACCCACGGAGAGGCUUCGAGUUGAGGAAACGAAUAUUUUUGUUGAGACAGAGGAAGAUAAAUUGCAGGAAAUUGUGUUCGGUGAUAUUCUGCCCUUAAAUUGCUUCUGAAAUGAAUUAACAGGAUGUAAAACUUGGGGGCAAGGGUUCAUUUGACCAAUUAGUCUUUCCCUGUCUUUCUCUUCAAGUUACAUUUUAAUCGCAAGUUUCUUUAAAAUAAUAUGUGUCCAUAAAAUAAUAGCCAAAAGGUUUACAGAAAAUGUUGGUUGUUAAGGCGUGAGGGGAAAAGCCUUUUGGGUCAGAGAAGUUUUCAAUGCACUAUUUCUAAGGGAAUUCGGACAGGGACUUGAAAAAAAAAUUUGACUGGGAGGUUCGAGUAAUCGAGGUUAAACUCUAGCUGAAAAUGCGGAUCUAGACUCAACUUGCAGUUCGAGGUGAGUGUUGAAUGUGCACGCGAAAUAAAUACAAUACAUCACCGUCUUUCUGCUGUUAGGCGUGUCUUAUUUUCUGUCUAACGAGGACCUAGUCGCCUUUUUAAAUUCCCCUUUUAUGCUCGGAACGACAUGGCUAAAUGUUUCAUUUAUCGUCCCCAGCGCCGCAAGUUGCGACGAGCGAGCACUCAAUCAACGCUGGAGACGAUCGAUCAAUUGUCGUAUAGCUCCGUGGACGUAUGUAUGAUUUGCUUGUUUAUGAGGGCAUUCCGAAUUCAAUGAUGAAAUGCCCGAAUUUUUGUUAUAAAACGCUCCCCAACAUCAUAUUCGGAAACUAUGAGAUUUUUUUUCAACUCAUUUGAAUGCUAGCUUGGUUUUACCCUAAAUUUUUAUGAAUUCGUUGAGACUGUGAUGAAAUUGUUUUGGAAAAAAAAUGCUUGUUUCGGCUAAUUCUCGGCGACCGUGAAAUUGGAGUGAUGUGCGGCUGUUUUCAUGACUGGUGCGGGACUCGAGAUCUGGACUGGAAAUCUCCCUUCAUUGUUGUCCAUUGCGUAAUACGGUGUUCCGAGCUGUGCAUUGUCUUGAUCCUGAAGCAAAUGCAUCACAAUGUCAUUCGUUUCCUGGAUGAA